GAGCCACUCACGGAGUGAACGUCGCUUUGCGCAUGCGUUAUAACCUCAACGAACUGUCAAUUUCCGAGCGAACGUAAAUAAACAAGUGACUUUUAAGUGCCAAACCUUCUUUUGUUUUACUUAAUUUCGACAAGUAAAGAGGAUUUAGUGACUAUAAUAUCGUGUGAUAAUUUGUGCAACGAAUUUGCCAGUGCCGUUAUGAUCCAAAGACAAUAAAAACGAGAAGAUGCAUCUACAAAUCUUUUUAACUUUAAGCGCCGUCUUGUUUAGUGAAGCGAAACUGCCAAGAUUAAAUCGCCACACGCAGCCGAAUGAGUUAUCGAACCCCACACAGAACUCGCAGGCGCAGCGGCUUGUGCAAAUAGAGGCGAAGACGGCAAAAACGAACCGAAUAAUCGAUCAGUAUCGAGUGAGGCAUCGGCGAGAUGUAUUCGAUUCGAAGUCCUAUGAAUCGAGUCUGAUAUGGGCGCAUUCGGAGCGGUUAGAUGAGAACGGAGACGUGUUACUACGAUGGGUGAAUUCGGAUUCGAGUAUAACCUUCAGACUUGAAGCGAGAACCCGUGGUUACGUCGGGUUGGGAUUCAACUCGGCAAGAAACAUGAGAGGCGCCGAUUUGGUAGUCGCCUGGGUUGACGACAGGAAUGGCAACGCUCAGGUUCUGGACUGUCACGGACCGGAGUUCGAUGACCUGGCGGUUGCUGACGACGUGCAAAAUUACGAGCUGAUAUCGGGGUACCAGAAUGACACGCACACCACCGUCGAAUUUAGGAGGCAGCUGGAUACGUGUGAUAAGCAAGACUUCGUUAUUGGCGAAGACACAGUGCAAGUGCUCUGGGCGCUAGGUCCCGAGGGUUCGGAUGGGGAGCUCCCCAAACAUGUGAAGAGUGGAUCCAGGCCAUUGCGUCUGCUGCAGCCAGUGGCCAAACCUCAAGUACCUCUUAUGAACUGGGACGUGAGGCUGAACAAUCUAACGAUACCCCACGUAAUGGCCACUUUAUUCUGGUGCAAGAUCUUCAAAGCUCCUGACUUACCUAAAAAGCAUCACAUCGUCGGCUAUCAACCGAUCAUAGACAGCAGACCGAUCAGAGACAAACAGCCGGUCAUAGAGAAGGAUAGUCUAUCGCCUGUACACCAUAUGGUGCUAUAUGAGUGCGCGGAGGACCCUGAUAAGCAGCUAUGGAACGACUGGGCGGAAAGUGAUGGUUUCUUCGGGCCGAACAGACCUAGUCAGUGGGCGACCUGCGUGACGCCUAUAGCGGCUUGGGCUAUUGGAUCUAAAGGGGAGUAUUUGCCGGAGAACGUCGGCAUACCGGUUGGAGAGAGGAGCGGGGUGUCUUACUAUAUGCUGGAGGUACACUACGACAACCAGGCGUUACAUGAAGUGCUCGACAGCUCAGGCAUCCGAGUUUACUAUACACCGGUUAUACGCGAGCACGAUGCGGCGCUGUUAGGCGCCGGUAUAGGGGUGUCGGCGCUGCACGUCAUCCCGCCCAAGCAGCGCCAGUACCGCACCGUCGGCAUCUGCAGCCCGGAGUGCACUGAGAGCACAAUGCCAAAGGAGGGAAUAAACAUCGUGUCAGUGUUACUUCACGCUCACGGAACAGGGAGGAAAAUUGCGUUGAAGCACAUCAGAGGAACACAGGAACUACCAGUUAUAUCAGAGGAAAACUCCUACGAUGCUCGCUACCAACAAUCUCGCGUGGUGCCUGGUGGAAGGAAGUUCAAGAAAGGUGACACACUGAUCACGGAAUGUACUUACGACAGCACAUCAAGAGACAAGCCUAUUUUGGGCGGUUAUUCUGCAUCACAGGAAAUGUGCCUAUCCUUCGUGCUAUACUACCCUCGCACGCAGUUAGCGGGCUGCUACUCUAUGACGCCGGUCAAGGAGUUCUUCGAAACCUUCGGAGUUAAAGAAUUCUAUGGCUUAAGCAUGAUGCAGGUGGAAAACAUCUUCUUGUCUUCAGGAAACCUGGAAAAUCUGCCACCACAACUUGAAAUUGAUAUGCAGCAGAGGUAUAGCGAAGAAACAGCAAUGCAAGGAGACGACCAAGGCGUUGGGUUGAUGAAAGAGCUAAUAAUCCGCGAGCCUUUCGAAUUCCGCAACAAGACGUUCAUGGCCCAUCUGAACGAAAUGCCGUGGUCGGAGCGUCUGCUCACGGAACAGAUUGAGAAAACUCUGUACAGAGGGAGCCACAUGACGUUCUGUAAGAAGAGGGACGACACUUGGGGCGCGCCAAUACAGAUCCAGAACUAUCCAAACUACACCGAGCUAAUAUCCAACGAGACAUCUGAAAAGUCGUGCCACUACAAAAGCGUCAGACUACCCUCCGUCACCAAGUCAAGCGCCGCUAGCGCCACCUACAACAAACUAACAGCCAUUUUGACAAUCUGCGUCGCCUUCAUCGUUGUCCGGUAAUAAAAAACAAAACGUUCUUUUUUUAAAAGUACACCAAUGAGUUUCUAUGUUGUUUUUAUUUUUCGUUUUGAAUGUUUAUGAUGAGCUUAUCAAGAGAGCAGUCGAUGUCCGAAUGAUAUAGUAUUAUUUUGCCAAAUUAUGUAUCAUAAUUUGUUCGUGUAUUUAUAAUUAGAUUUCGUCUAGUUUUUGAUCAUUUACAGUCCUUAUAAUCAACAAAAUUUCAAAUUAUGCCACAUCUAAUAAGUUUUCAAAAUGUUCUGUUCUUAUAAUUUUAAUGUAUGUACAAAAUAUUUUACUGGAAAUGAUCAAAAGCGUUUUAGCGGGCAGUUAUCUGUCAAUGUUACAUUGAUUAUAGACUUUGAGCCAAAGGUUAUAACGUCUAUAAUGUAUCGACAGUUUUUUUUACAAUUAGGUACUUUUGUAUGUGAAUUUUACGAGAGUGUUUGUGAUUUUGUGUACUUAUGGGUUUAUUGCUCAUUUACUUCGGCAUGUCUCAUAGUACUUUAAGGCUAGUAUCAGUACCAAAUAAUGGUAUGUAGGUAUCUUUAUUGUUUUUUACGAAGAAAAUUUCCGUUUCGACUGAUAUUUAGGAUUCCAGUGACCACUAUAUUGUUGUGAAUGAAACGUGUUGUGCUUAUACAAAGCCUAUGCAUGCAAUUAGUGUGCCUUUUUAAUUAAGGUGUAUAUCGUAAAUAUUGUGAGCAUGUUGAUUUGGAAAUGUCACUCAAACCUUAUUCAAAUUUUUCAGUCUUAAAACAUUUAAUAAAAGCCCUAGUUUGUCUCUUUUCAUCUUAGAUGGAUUAACAUUGUCAGAAGGAGACAAAGCAUGCAUUUGUUAAACCAGUGUUAUUUUUUUAUAAAAAAAGAUUAUAGAAGUAACUUAGUUGACCACUGUAUUUUCGUUAUGAUGCCAGAUUUUUCUUAUUUAAAUUAUUAUUUGCUCAGAAUUUUGAGUGAAAGAUUUAUGUCUCCAAAUCAACUACUUUGUAAAAUCGCCUUGUCUCAUUAGGUAGGAACUUGAACAAUAAAUACAAUGCAAUAACUAAUGUUAAGUAAACAGCUGUUUAGGAUAUAAUAGUUCUUUCAUCUUCAAAAUCCAUGGUUUAAUAAAAAAAAAUCAUUAAAAUUUCAUCUUCAUAAAAAUUAUUCCAAAAAUUCACUGUAUCCCCUAUUUUUAAUCCUUUGCAUGAUUAUUAAAAACUUUAUAAUUAUUAAUAGUCAACCCAGUGAUAAUGCAAAAAAGAUGCGAAACUUGUCACAAAAUAACUUAUUUUGAAAUAAAGUUAAAAAUCAAUUAAGUAUUUUGACUAUUGUGGUAAGGUGGCAUAAGUAUUUACUUUGCAAAAUGAAUCUUGUAGAUUAUUUUUGUAUGUCCAUUUACAUGUAGAUACUGUCUUAAUCAAAAUAAUAUACCUUGCUGUGUAUAAUAUAAUUAAGCUAUAACGGCUCAAGUAUAAUUAAAAGCAUUUAUGAAUAUUCAAUAAAAUGUAAUGUAACAAAAUUAUAUUGUAGAUUGUGUCAAAUAUAAAUUGCUAUGUCCAAUCGUAAACAAAUAGAAUAAAUUAUU